AGCAAAACCUAUAAUUAUGUUCCCCAUUCAUAUCCAUAUCCCUCCUUUUCCUAAACACAAAAAUUAAGGUCCAAGGAACAACCACUUCUUCACAACCUCACACCAUUAUAAAACCCAAUGCAACCCACUCCACAACUUAACCCACACUCCUCCUCCAACUUCCAAGUAUAAAACAAACAACCAAAACCUCAACCAGACAAAAACAUUAAAACACACAAAAAAUGUCCAACCCCAUUGGUCUCAUCCUCUUAUCUCUAUCACUCCUCCUCACCAUUGUUAAAUCUCAAGAAAGAGCACCUCAUGGACUUGUUUACCAAAACCCAAAAGCCUUUUCACCAUCAGCAUAUGAAUUCUUUCAUCCAAAUUCACAAAAGCAUAAUGAUAAUGAUCCAUGCACUUCAUCAAAAUGUUCACCUUUUCCUUUAGCUGUUGAAGCUACUCAAAUUCAUGAAAGCAAAGACUCAAAAUUAAACAAAGGUGGUAAAAAAUUGGGAGUUGGGGGCAUUAUUGGAAUUAUCUUUGGUGUUGGAUUUGUUGUGGUUUUAGCUAUGAGUGUUUAUCAUGUUAGAGUUACUCGUAAAGCUAACAUGAUUAGAGCUAAAGCUAAUAAUAGUGUUCAACCUGAGGUUUGAUGUGCAUUAAUUGCCUUAUAAUAUAGUUAUUUAAUUUCGAAACAUUGUGGUAUAUAUAAUUAAUUUGUUGUACCUUUAAUUUUAUUUCUCUAAUAUCUUACAUUUUAGAAAUUUUGUGUUUUUUAACUUGUUUGAUUUGAUUUUGGUUACUAUAUCUAUAUGUAAUGUUAUGAUAGUGAUUAAUUUCAAAUUUGGAUAUUGUGUAACAAUCGUACA